AUGGAACCCAAAUUCCUCAUAAUAUUAUUUCUUGCAACAAUUGUUUUAGCCCAAGCUUCAUCUUCUUCCCAAAACACUUACUCUACAUUCAUCAAAACCUCAUGCAACGCCGCCACUUACCCCACCGUCUGCCGGAAAACCCUCCUCCCUUACGCCGCCGCCGUCAAGACCAGCCCACUUAGACUUGUCAACGUCGCCCUCUCCACCACCCUCAAAUCCGCCAACGCCACCCUCGCCACCGUCUCUCAGUUUGCCAAAACCAAACGAAUCACCAAAUGGGAGUCUGCAGUUCUCAAAGACUGUAUCGAAAAUCUUAAAGACUCCAUGGCUGAAAUCAAAAGCUCCCUCAAGGCGAUCUCAGGUCUUCCUAAGUCAACCGACAAGAGUUUCGUGAUCUCCAAUGCUCAGACGUGGACCAGUGCCGCCAUCACCGACGAGAAUACGUGUCUUGACGGAUUUUCCGAUCGGAAAGUCAGUCCGGCGAUCAAGAAGAAGUUAAGGAACAGCAUUGUGAGUCUUGCAAGGGUUAGCAGCAAUGCUUUGUAUCUCAUCAACCAUCUCGCGGUUUGAUUAAAAUCUUUA